UGUACGAACGAGCGCGAACCUAAUCCAAGUUUUGUUCGGCUCGCUGAAAAAGGUCUCGUCGGUCAGUCGCGAUUCACAGUUCAUUCCGUCUAGUAGCCGCCUUAGGUGAUCACCCAGCUUAAAGCAGCUCAACAGGGGUGAGCGAAUUACUCAAGCGCAAAGUACAAACUCCAAAACAGUCAGCAGCUAUGGCGACCGGCACGCGUGACGAGGAGCGGUUCAUCCUGUACGGUGGUCCCGACCCGCGGGAAUUGCUCCAGGAUCGAUCGCUGGGCGAGAUGAUCGUGAAGGAGCUGCGGAAGCAGCCGGACAACGUUGGACUGGUUGACCCGGUAUCGGAGGUGCAGCUGACCUACCGGCAGAUCCUCGAGCAGUCGGCAAAGCUGGCCGCUGGGAUGACGACGAUGCUUGGGUUGACCAAGCAAGAUCACACCGCCAUCGUGAGCGAUAAUUGUCUCGAGUACUGCCUCGCCAUGUUUGGUUCAAUAUUUGCUGCAUCACCGCUCGCACUUUUGAACCCUGCCUAUGUAGAAGGUGAACUCGAGCAUGGCAUCAAGCUGUCGCUACCUAAAGUUAUCUUUGUAUCGCCAAAUGCACUGGAAAAGAUUGUAGCCGUGGUGAGGAAGCUUGGACUACCAGCGAAGAUUGUACUGUUUGGGGAGCAUCCGAAGGCCGCUAGCUAUGCCGAAGUUGUUUCGUUCGCUAAGCUACUAUCGUCACCGGUCAACGUUGAAACUUACAUGCCAGACCCGGUAGAUCCCAAUGCACAUGUUGCCUUGAUCUUGCUGUCUUCUGGAACCACAGGGCUGCCAAAGGGAGUACAGCUGACCCACAUCAACCUCAUGACCACGGUAGCCCACUCCAUGGAAGCUAGCAAGAUCCUCGAAUUGCCGGAACAGCUAGUCGCCCUUGCGGCAACUCCGCUAUUCCACGCAGUGGCCGGCGUCGGACUGAUCAAUAUGAUCACCAACAACUGCCGUUGCGUACUGAUGCCAAAGUUUAGCGCCACACUCUUCCUGGAGAGUAUCCAAAAGUACAAGGUCAACCUAAUGACCGUAGUCCCACCGUUGAUGGUGUUCCUUGCCAAACAUCCCAUCGUAGACAACUACGACCUGUCCUCGCUGAUGACCCUAAUCUGUGGAGCCGCUCCGCUCAGCAAGGAGAUCGAGGACAAGGUUCGCGACCGGCUUGGAAUCGCCUUCAUCCGGCAGGGUUACGGUCUGAGUGAAACUACGCUUGGAGUGCUGAUGCAGACCGGGUUCGAAAACAAGGCCGGCUGCGUCGGCAAGGUCCGCAUGGGCCAAUGGGUCAAAGUGAUCGAGCCCGAAACGGGCAAGAUCCUCGGCCCAAACCAGCGCGGCGAGCUCUGCUUCAAGGGAUCGCUGAUCAUGAAGGGCUACGUCGGCAUGGAAUCGGCCAUCGACGCCGACGGGUGGCUCCACACCGGAGACGUCGGAUACUACGACGAGGACGAGGACUUUUUCAUCGUCGAUCGCAUCAAGGAGCUGAUCAAGUACAAAGGUUUCCAGGUACCUCCGGCGGAACUGGAAGCGAUCCUCCUAAGACACCCCAAAGUGAAAGACGCUGCCGUGAUUGGCAUUCCGGACGAACGGGUUGGCGAACUGGCCACGGCGUACGUCGUCAAGGAAGACGAUGAGCAGGUCAGUGCGGAGGAGAUCGUCAAGUUCGUGGCCAGUCAGGUGUCGCCGCAGAAGCAGCUGCACGGAGGAGUGAGGUUCAUCGACGAGAUUCCAAAGACGGCCAGUGGGAAGAUUUUGAGGCGCGAGCUGCGCGAACUGGCCAAGAACACCAAGUCGAAACUGUAAUACUGUUGGCUGUGGAUGGUGGUUUGGGUGGUCGGUACAUUUAAGGGUAUUUAACGUUUUUUUUUUUAGAAGACUGGCUCUGAAAUAAAUUGUUAUUUUUUAAACAAA